AUGGCUGGUGGGCAGAGAUCUAACCCUGCUUGCGAUCUGGGAAUCAGGCAAGCUCCAGCCCAGGUUUACAACGACUUUGGAGCCUACCACGUCAGUGGAACUGACUACAUCUGCCAAGCGACGACAUCCGCCGAGGCUACUACAUCUACUGAAGCAACAACCUCUGCUGAAGUGACUAUCUCCGCCGAGGCGACUACUUCCGCGGAAGCCAAUACAUCAGCAGAGGCUACUACCUCUGCUCUCUCGGCUGGUCAAUCCACUAACACCGAGACCGCCAAGACUACUGAGACUACCAAGUCCAUCGAGAGCACCAAGGUCACUGAGAGCACCAAGGCUACCGAGUCCACUAAAGCUACUGAGGCGACCAAAGUCACGACUAUUACAUACGUUACCGUCUAUCCCACCAACCCAGCGUCUUUGACCACAACUUGCUUCCCUGUUAUUAUCACAUAUGAGCCUUAUGGCUGCGAUCACCCGACUUAUCCAGUAGUCGAGAUGACUACAACUACCAUGCCAUGGAAUACCUGUGGAUCUCAUGGGGAGAAUACCGUUACUCUUACGAUGCCCGCAGCUGCUUGCGAGACCCCAAGCGGUACCCACGGAUACGCGACUGGCCUUGGCAACGUUCACUUAACGCAAGGAUCACACAGCUACGUGCAACCAGGUCAUGAGAACGGCCAUUCCUCUGUCUCCAGCAAGCCACAGCCUCGAUAUGAGAACGGGAAGCCGUAUGUGUCCGUUCAUGGCGCACCAGCACAAACCCACAAUAAUGGAACCUACCAUCCUCCUGCUCAGCCAAUCUUCUCUGCAUCCAAAUCUGGUGUCGUAGUACUCCCUUUGGCGUCUGCACCUAGCAAUGGUCAAGAGGCCGCCCCAACGACUCUCGCCACUAAAGGAGCUGCUACCGGUGAAGGACAGACCACCAAGUCGACACAUGGUAAGUACCCUUCUCAGCCCGCAGAGGCACCAUCCAUAUCGGUUAUUACUUCCGGUGCCAAUAAGGAAGAUCUUAUUGUUUGGACUUGGAUUGUUGGAGUCAUCGGUUUGAUGAUGGCGUUUUAG